UCUGUCACUUUUAUUUAUUGACAAUUUGUAUGUUCAAUAAUUGUUGUAUAUACCUAUUAUAAUAUAGUGUUCAUUCUAAAAAUUACAAUUUUUUUCAAAUGAACGCAACGAAGAAUAUAUAUUGAACAAAUAGCUCCCUAACGGCCUAAAAACAAUGGGAAUAUACGGUGUGUACAUUGUGUCAAAAUCAGGGGGGCUAAUAUUCAAUUAUGAUUAUACUGUACCAAAAAUCGAAACCGAACAAACAUUUGGUUAUCCGUUAGAUCUUAAAUUAUCUUGUGAAAACAACAGACUAUUGGUAUCGUUUGGUCAACGAGACAACAUCAAAGUUGGUCAUGUAUUAUUGGCAAUCAAUGGAGUUCCUGUUUCUGGUAGAAAACUGGAAGAUGGCAAGGAUGCAAUAGAAAUGUUAAAUGAUGCAACCAAUUAUCCCCUUAAUUUGAAAUUUGGCCGGCCAAAAAUGACUAUCAACGAAAAGAUAUUCUUAGCCAGUAUGUUUUAUCCAUUAUUUGCCAUUGCAUCACAAUUGAGUCCAGAGCCCAGGAGUUCUGGAAUCGAAACUUUAGAAGCUGAUACAUUUAAACUCCAAUGUUUUCAAACUCUGACUGGAGUGAAAUUUAUGGUUAUUGCUGAUCCAACGCAUGUAGGCCUUGAACAACUUUUAAAGAAAAUUUAUGAGAUUUAUGCAGACUUUGCUCUAAAGAAUCCAUUUUAUUCCUUAGAAAUGCCUAUUCGGUGUGAAUUGUUUGAUACUAAUUUACAAGCACUUUUGGAACAAGCAGAUAAAAAUGGUAUUAAUAGUAUUUAAUUUAAUAAGUACAUUAUUUUAAUCUAUAUUUAAUAAUAUUUCACCAAAAAUUCUGUAUUUAGUAUCAGAUCUUAGAAAAUCCUAUUGUAUUUAAAACUAAAAAGAAAAUUUGAAUGAUCACUAUGAUUGAAUUAUUCUUAUUCAAAACCUUUUAAAUUAUAAUUUA